UUUUUUAUCUCCAUCUGUAGAUGAAGAUCCCCUCCUGAACCUUUUCAUACAUUUUUUUUUCCCUUCACAGAAGACGAACUUGGCAUUUUCUUACUAAUCGAAUUCGAGAAGUUGGAACCCUACAUUUUCAAAUCCAUGAUAAGGAUGCUUUGAUUUUCGUAAUUGAAAUCCCAAACACGAUCUGUUUGGGGAGGAAGGUUUAACAAACGAUGGGUAUCUGCACCUCCAAACCCUCCUCCCCAAGCUCACCCAAUCUUUCCCCUCCUAACCCUAUAUCAGCCAAGAGUGACGACAAUGUGAAUAAUACAGUCCCGGUUAAGGAUAGCCGUAAACCGCAAUCGAGUAAUGUUAACGUUAGUGGCGGGAACUCCGGCGACGCAGAUGAUGAGGACAGCAAAGAUCUUAGUAAAGAUUUGGAGAAUGUAAAGAAAUCUCCCUUUUUUCCAUUCUACAGCCCCAGUCCAGCGCACUACUUCUUCUCGAAGAAAUCGUCGCCGGCGAGAUCUCCGGCCACGGGGAAUGCGAGCGCCAACUCGACGCCUAAGAGAUUCUUUAAGAGGCCAUUCCCGCCGCCUUCUCCGGCGAAGCACAUAAGGGCUGUGCUAGCGCGAAGACAUGGAACGGUCAAGCCGAAUGAGGUGGCAAUACCGGAGGGAAGUGCGGUGGAGGGUACGGGGCUUGACAAGAACUUUGGGUUCCCGAAGAACUUUGGGAGUAAGUAUGAGCUCGGUGAGGAGGUUGGAAGAGGGCAUUUUGGGUAUACGUGCAAAGCGAGUUUUAAGAAGGGAGAGCUCAAGGGGCAAGAGGUAGCGGUGAAGAUUAUUCCAAAAGCUAAGAUGACCACUGCUAUUGCCAUAGAGGAUGUGAGAAGAGAAGUCAAGAUAUUAAGAGCUUUGACUGGACAUAAUAAUCUUGUACAAUUCUACGAUGCAUAUGAAGAUCAUGAUAAUGUCUAUAUAAUAAUGGAGUUGUGUGAAGGAGGAGAACUCUUGGACAGAAUACUGUCUAGGGGUGGAAAAUACACAGAAAUCGAUGCAAAGGCUGUCUUGAUCCAGAUUUUGAACGUUGUUGCAUUUUUCCAUCUUCAGGGUGUGGUGCACCGUGAUCUAAAACCAGAAUGUAGCUCAUUGCUGGAUCAGAAUUUUUUGUUCAUGUCGAAGGACGAGAACUCGCAUUUGAAGGCCAUCGAUUUUGGCUUGUCAGAUUUUGUGAAACCUGAUGAAAGGCUCAAUGACAUUGUUGGUAGUGCAUACUAUGUGGCGCCGGAAGUUCUACAUAGAUCUUACAGUACAGAAGCUGAUGUAUGGAGCAUUGGUGUGAUUGCAUAUAUUUUGUUGUGUGGCAGCCGUCCAUUUUGGGCCCGCACUGAGUCUGGCAUCUUUCGGGCUGUUCUAAAAGCUGAUCCAAGUUUUGAAGAGGCACCAUGGCCUUCUCUAUCAUCUGAGGCAAAAGACUUUGUUAAGCGCUUGCUAAAUAAAGAUCCAAGAAAAAGAUUGACUGCUGGUCAAGCUUUAAGUCAUCCAUGGAUAAAGAAUUCUAAUGAUGUAAAAGUGCCUCUGGAUAUACUGAUAUUCAAGCUCAUGAAGGCUUAUAUGCGUUCUUCAGCUCUUCGGAAGGCUGCCUUAAGGGCUCUAUCUAAAACAUUGACGGUAGAUGAGCUAUUUUAUUUGAAGGAGCAGUUUUCAUUAUUGGAGCCAAACAAAAAUGGAACUAUAAGCUUAGAAAACAUUAAAGCGGCCUUGAUGAAACAUGCAACAGCAGAUGCAACGAAAGAUUCUCACAUUCCUGAUUUUUUCGCUUCACUUAAUGCACUUCAACACAGGAGAAUGGGUUUUGAAGAAUUUUGUGCAGCAGCACUAAGUGUCCAUCAGCUGGAAGCACUUGAUCGAUGGGAGCACCAUGCUCGUUGUGCAUAUGAGCUUUUUGAGAAGGACGGAAACAGGGCCAUUGUCAUCGAGGAACUAGCUUCUGAGCUUAGUCUAAGCCCUUCUGUACCUGUUCACGCUGUUCUACACGAUUGGAUUAGGCACACUGAUGGGAAGCUGAGUUUCCUUGGGUUUGUCAAAUUGUUACAUGGUGUCUCCAGCCGUAAUCUCGCUAAAACUCAAUGAAGGUUAGAGAAUCAUCGAGAUGAGUUGGUCAAUCUUAAUCUGUUUUGGCAAAUAGAACUGCUGGCUAGGGAUGGCUUAUAAAACUUGCGGACAACGGACGCAAUUUCCCUUGGACAUUCAUGCCCACCUUAACGAGUAUAAUCUGGCAGCAUUUUCCUCAUUCGCGGCGUCAACUUCAUACACGUAUAAUUGGAAUUAUGUAAACCUUGUCUUCUCGACUUGAUAAAGCUCCAUCACUCUUUGUUCCCAUUGCAAAGCUUUAUCUAGAUGUCAUAGAUGCAGUGAGAAGGUUUAUUAAUCUGAGAGGAGCUGUUUACUGGACACUUGGAUUUUCUGACCUUCUGUACUUGUUUGGAUACUUUCUACAUUGAUUGUAUCAUAUAUGUUCUAUGGUCUAGUGAAAGUUCUUGUGUUCUUCCUUGAUA